AUGCCGGGCUUCCUGGUGCGCGGCGCCGCGGGGAGGCUGCGCGUGGGCCUCGCCUGCGUCCUGUGCCUUUGGAACACAGUGGCUGCUAUUAAAGGAGAAGCCAAGAAGGAAACGGUCACAGCCUUCCCUCUAACAACAGAGCUGCCUGCGAGGGCGGUGGACCUGUCCGCCCUGAACCUGACGGAGCUGGUGAACGACAUGCUGAGCAGAGCUUUAAAAGACAGCAGGAAGUUCUUCUCCUUGCUCAGCAUCACGUCCUACAGCUCCUUCGCCUUCCACAAGCUCUCCGUGGCCGUUUACAACAUUUCUAACCUGAAGACGGUGGACCAGGCCAAGUUCCCCACGCGGUACUGCUACUGCUUAAGCAAUCGGACCAAUGACCUGUCAGAUUUCACAGCCCUACUGGUGGACAUCAUUGGAAAUUCCACCAGCUACCUCACAGAGAUUUUUAAGUCGACCUCUAUCCUCUCAGUGAGUCAGACGAAUGCCUCCGACUGCAUCUUCAUCUGCGUGAUGACAGGGAAGGCAGGACGGAACCUUUCUGACUUCUGGGAGUUGGCGGAGAAGUCUCCAGUCAUCAAUUACACCUUCACCAGCAGCCUGGCCGCUGCUCCCGUUCUUUACGUCCAAAGUGACACAAAUAUUACAGCCGCCAGGGGGACAGCUGCGGCGUCAAAGCUCACACCCACAAGCCAGCAGACACUGCCAAGGACAAGCCCUCCACGCACAGCCCGGAGCACCAGCGUGUCUGCUCUGAGAGCCUCUCCCUGGGCCGAGGUGCCUGAUCCUUCGGAGCGAGAGCAGGCGGUGAGCACAGUCGGGCUUCCUGAGCUCCUCGCCAAGGCCACGGUCACGGCCACGCCGGGCAGCGUCUCUCCCGCCCUCCCAGGCUCCGCGACCUCGCCCGCAGAGGCCAAGGACACGGGGACCACGGGGAGCCUUUCGGAGCCUCCUGCCCGGACACACGGCAGCCCUUCCCGGACCAGCCCGGCCUCAGGAACACCCACCCCCGGCACACAGACUGCCAGUCCAACCAAGGCCCCGGCCCCCCGUUUCCCCAUGGGUCCCGAGAUCUCUGCAUCCUCCAGGCGCUGUGAUGCUCUGGCUAUGAUCUUCCGCGGCCAUUCCCCCCUGGAGAGGAGCCAGCCCCGGUCCCUGGACCCCACCGCGUUCACGUCUCACGAACUGGAUCCCCCUGUCCUCCUCCAAUCCUCCGACCUCUCAGACCUGUCACAGCAGCUUUACGGGGCAACGGUGAAGGACGCCAGGCUUCCCUGGUGUCCUCAGCAGCUCCUCAGAGACGGGCCCGUGACAGCUGGAUCCCUCCCCGGGGCCGCCCACAAGCUCACCCCCUGCCUGAUGGAGCUGUGCCGGUUUUUCCAGCAGUGCCUCUGCGCGAGCCCAAGGAGGGACCCCAGGACGGAGGCCAUGAGGUACUGUCUUGAGUACUAUUCCUGGUUUCUGAAGAAUGCAACCCCCAUCUGCCAGAAGGCGAAGAGGGUGUCCCACUCGCACACCUUAAAACAAAGAUGCCUGGAGAACAUCUGCAAGUCUGUGUGAGGCCUUGAGAGAACAAUGGGACCUAACCCUAAC